AUGUCAAUAAAAUUCUUACUUCCCCCCAUGAGCGAGCAAAAUCAUUGGAAAAAUCGCUAUUUUGCCCAAAAACCCACCCUCCGUGAGCGAAUAAACAUUUUUUAUGAAAAAAAUUGAUAUAUAAGUGAUUAUUAACAUAAUGAAAUCUCUUUAAUUUUAAACAAAUUGCAUUUUAAAACAUAAAUUCUGCAAAUUAAAGUAAUAUUGGGAAAAUUUUUAAUUUUGAAAAAAAAAUUCUACUAUAAAAUUUAUAUAAAAAUUUUAAGAAAAAAUUAACCCUUCCGUGAGGAACAAAAUUGUUUUGUUCGCUCACGGAUGGGAGGAGUUAAAGAAAUUGCCUGAAACAGAAAAGAAUUUAUUACAUCAGGAAUCUGUUUUUGACCGACUGACAAUAAUUUUCGUAACUGUACAGGAGUUAUUUUGGGCCCAGAAAAUUCACCUUAUGAAGGAGGGUUGCUUUUUAUUAAAAUUGUAUAUCCAGAAAAUUAUCUUUUUCUUCCUCCAAAAAUCACUUUUAUGACAAAAAUCUAUAAUCCAAAUAUUGAUUCUCAUGGUCAAGUUGAUCUUCGCAUUCCACGUGAACUCUGGUCACGUGCUCUAG